AUGGAGAUGCUAGGCACAAAGGUUUUCAAGGCAACUCUGGAUGGGCGCGUGUUGUGGGACCUCCGAGGCGGCAAGGACAUGCACCGGUCCAUGUGGGAGAUACCGGUGCUGCCAUGGAAGGAGGCGGCUGCGCGCUUGGCUGCUGGAGAUGUGAGAGGAGGGCGUGUUAACCACGUGGACAGUGAAGGAGGUGGUGAUGACAGUGAUGGUGGGCUCCUUCGGCAUGGUGGGGCUGCGCUACCAAGUGUAACUCCUAGCACGGAGGUAACGGAGGUGUCACAUGACUUGGGAGGUGCUGAAGGGGAGGCAACAGAGGUGGGGGGAGUGUUGCAGCAAGAGGAGGCCCCUGUAGCUGAGAGAGGUGAUGCCGAGGAGGAGGUGCAGCAGCCUACACCAUCCCCUACACUUCCACCAAGGCGGACAACCCAAGGGAAGCGUGGUGCUGUCCGUGGUGGAGCUAAGGAAGGUGCAACCUAA